GCACAGAUAUAAUGUGCAAACCACUCUGCCUAUACGGCUAUCAUGUGUAACCCACUGUACACACAUAUACAAUGAUGUAUGUGUUUAGUGGUUCCUUUCACAUUAUGAUUUAGGACCUAGGCACUUUCCUGGAGGAUCAGGUUCAGAGUUAGGAUCCUGCCAACCAAAAAUGUGGGCGCAAGAAAACAGUCUCCUUCAGCAGCACACCAUCAGAGAAGAAGAUAAGUAGCGCAAGCGACUGCAUCAGCUUCAUGCAGGCUGGGUGUGAGCUGAAGAAAGUCCGACCAAAUUCCCGUAUUUAUAAUCGUUUUUUUACUCUUGACCCUGAUUUGCAAGCACUUCGGUGGGAACCAUCUAAAAAAGAUCCUGACAAGGCUAAACUUGAUGUUUCUGCUGUAAAAGAGAUUCGAUUAGGGAAGAACACUGAAACAUUUAGGAACAAUGGUCUGGCAGAUCAGAUUUCUGAAGAUUGUGCCUUCUCUAUAAUUCAUGGAGAGAAUUAUGACUCCCUGGACUUAGUUGCCAACUCAGCAGAUGUGGCCAACAUUUGGGUGUCAGGUUUGAGGUACCUGGUUUCUCGUAGCAAACAGUGUCUGGAUUUAAUGGAAAGUAGCCAGAAUACUCCACGGUUUGCAUGGCUUACAUCUGUGUUUGAAGCUGCAGAUGUUGACGGUAAUGGGAUCAUGUUAGAAGACACGGCUGUAGAAUUAAUAAAGCAGCUGAACCCAGCCUUAAAGGAGUCAAAGAUUAGGUUAAAGUUUAAGGAAAUCCAGAAGAGCAAAGAGAAACUGACAACUCGUGUGACAAAAGAGGAAUUUUGUGAAGCAUACACAGAGCUUUGCACGAGGCCUGAGGUUUAUUUUUUGCUGGUGCAGAUAUCGAAAAACAAAGAAUACUUGGAUGCCAAUGAUUUGAUGCUUUUUUUAGAAGCUGAGCAAGGGGUUACACAGAUAACUGAAGAAAUGUGUCUUGAUAUCAUUCGGAGAUAUGAAUUUUCAGAAGAGGGGCAGUUGAAGGGUUUCCUUGCAAUUGAUGGGUUUACUCGGUAUCUGUUGUCCCCAGAAUGUGACAUUUUUGACCCUGCACAUAAAAAAGUUGUUCAAGACAUGACCCAGCCAUUAUCACAUUACUAUAUCAAUUCCUCCCACAAUACUUACCUAAUAGAGGAUCAGAUCCGAGGGCCAGCAGAUAUCAAUGGUUAUGUCAGGGCACUGAAGAUGAGCUGUAGAAGCAUUGAACUGGACGUUUGUGAUGGUCCAGAUAAGGAGCCCGUAGUCUGUAACCGUAACAACAUGGCAUCCUUUCUGUCAUUUCAAUGCGUCAUUGAGGUGAUCAACAAACUAGCCUUCAUUUCUUCAGAAUAUCCUCUUAUUCUCUGCUUGGGAAACCACUGCUCUAUUCAGCAACAGAAAGUCAUGGUAAAACAGUUGAAGAAGACUUUUGGCAGCAAGCUUUACACUGAGGUGCCACUACCAUCAGAAGCUUACUUGCCUUCUCCAGAGAAACUGAAAAAAAAGAUCAUUAUUAAAGGGAAGAAGCUGCCUUCCGGCGAGGAUUUGUUAGAGGGGGAAGUCACAGAUGAAGACGAAGAAGCUGAAAUUUCUCGUAGAUUGUCUGAAGAGUGUUUGGGGGCCCCCAAGAGGUCCUGGCUGUGCAAGGAGCUGUCUGACCUCGUCUCUAUAUGCAAGUCUGUCCAAUUCACAGAUUUUGAGAGUGCAAUGAAGAACCAGAAUUAUUGGGAGAUCUGUUCCUUCAGUGAAGCUGAGGCCAGCAGGAUUGCAAAUGAGUGUCCUGAGGAUUUUGUAAAUUAUAACAAGAAAUUUCUAUCUCGAAUCUAUCCUAGUGCCAUGAGAAUAGAUUCCAGUAACUUGAAUCCACAAGAUUUUUGGAACUGUGGCUGCCAGAUAGUGGCAAUGAAUUAUCAAACGCCGGGACCCAUGAUGGAUUUACACACGGGGUGGUUUUUACAAAAUGGGGGGUGCGGUUAUGUCCUUAGGCCUUCUGUUAUGCGAGAAGAGGUCUCUUACUUCAGUGCAAAUACAAAAGGCAUAGUCCCAGGGGUUUCUCCUCAAGUCUUACAUGUCAAAAUCAUCAGUGGUCAAAACUUCCCAAAGCCUAAAGGAGCCUGCGCCAAGGGUGACGUCAUAGAUCCUUAUGUGUGUCUAGAAAUCCACGGCAUCCCUGCAGACUGUACAGAACAGAGAACUAAAACUGUUCAACAGAACAGUGACAACCCCAUUUUUGACGAGAGCUUUGAGUUCGAGAUCAACCUGCCGGAGCUGGCCAUGAUCCGCUUUGUCGUGUUGGACGACGAUUAUAUUGGUGAUGAGUUCAUCGGGCAAUGCGCCAUCCCUUUGGAAUGUUUACAGCCGGGCUAUCGGCAUAUCCCUCUGCGCUCCUUUGUUGGAGACAUCAUGGAACAUGUUACCCUGUUUGUGCACAUUGCUAUCACUAACCGAAGCGGUGGUGGGAAACCCCAGAAGCGCAGCCUGACCGCAAGGAUAGGAAUGAAAACAAGAGACUAUACUAUGCUGAGGAACACAAAUCUCAAGAUUAUAGAUGACAUCUUCAAAUUAGCGGUCCAUCCAUUAAGAGAGGCCACGGACAUGAGAGAGAACAUGCAGAAUGCCAUCCUGUCCGUUAAAGAGCUUUGUGGACUCCCACCAAUUACAAGUUUGAAGCAGUGCAUUUUGUCUUUGUCCUCACGACUCGUCAACAGUGACAAUGUUCCCUCGGUGGCUCUCUGCAUGAAAGACAAUUUUCCUUACCUUGAACCACUGGGGACUUUAACUGAUGUUCAGAAAAAGGUUCUAGCUGCGUAUGACCAGAUGAUUCAAGAAAGCAAAUUUCUUAUCGAAACAGCAGACACUGUUCAUCACAAGAUUGUCCAAUGCCAGAAAGCAGGAAUGGAACUCCAUGAAGAGCUUCAUAAUCUGGGAACAAAGGAAGGCUUGAAGGGAAGGAAGCUGAGCAAAGCCAUUGAGAGUUUUGCUUGGAAUAUCACUGUGCUUAAGGGGCAAGGGGAUCUCCUGAAGAACGCCAAGAAUGAUGCCAUAGAGAACAUGAAGCAGGUGCACUUGGCUUGCUUGUCUUGUGGACUGAGCAAAACUGGAACUGGGAACACGGAUGCCAAGUCCAAAAGAUGCCUCGAGGCAAUUGAAGAAAAGGAGAUGGGGGAUGAGAACGGAAGGCUGUGAAAGACGGCAGUGAUGUCCAGCGUGCCAUAUAUUUCAAUAGUCGGAAAUUAUUUUUUUAAUGCAUUAAAGAGAAAGAAGAAAAAAAGAAAGAUUACACUAGAAUGCCCUCUACAGAGUUUCGGAUGUAUUAUCUCCGCACCAUGCUAGUGUUUUAUUGCAGUUCAUUUAUCUAAGUUUAAACUCUCUAGCAGUGGCAUUUCUAAUAAAUCCAAGCUCUGUGUA